GCCUUAUCUCUUUACUUGCACACUCUCCAGGUCCCUCACUGCCCCUUAUUGGACCUCUCUCUCUUCCUCUCUCGUGUUUAAAUUCUUCUCCUCUGAUUCUCCUUUGUUUCCACACUUUUGUCUACUAAUUCUAACACCAAUAAUUUCACUCCCAUACCAUAACCACACAUCAACCGACCAAAGCAAAAAAAAAAAAAAAACCAUUCUUGAUUAUGAAGAGAAGCCAUCAAGAAACUUCUGUAGAAGAAGCUCAUUCAAUGGGUAAGAAGCUAGAAGACGAUAAUAACAUGGACGAGUUUCUAUCUGCUUUAGGGUACAAGGUUCGAUCUUCCGACAUGGCGGAUGUUGCACAGAAGCUUGAGCAGCUUGAAGUGGUUCUUUCCAACGAUGAUGUUCUUGGCUCUAAUGCAUUAAACGACACCGUUCAUUACAAUCCAUCUGAUCUCUCCAGCUGGGCCGAGACCAUGCUCUCGGAGCUUAACUACUACCCGCCUUCUCUGGAUCUUGACCCGACCCGGAUGUGCAAUCUAACACCAUUCUCAGAUGACAACGAGUGUUCCAGCACCAACAGCGAAAACAACAGCAAGAGGAUCAGACUCGGUCCCUGGUGUGACUCAAGCGAGUCAACUCGACCCGUGGUAAUGCUCGGCGUUGACUCGCAGGAGACCGGUGUCAGACUCGUCCAGGCGCUGGUGGCGUGCGCCGAGGCGGUCCAGCAGGAGAAUCUGAUCCUCGCCGACGCUCUCGUGAAACGCGUGGGAUCACUCGCGGCUUCUCAGGCGGGAGCGAUGGGGAAAGUCGCCACCUACUUCGCCGAAGCGCUCGCUCGUCGGAUCUACCGGAUCCGCCCUUCCUCCCCCGCCGUUGAUCCUUCUUUCGAAGAGAUUCUCCAGAUGCACUUCUACGAGUCCUGCCCUUACCUGAAGUUCGCGCAUUUCACGGCCAACCAGGCGAUUCUAGAGGCAGUCGCGACGGCGCGUGGCGUACACGUAAUCGAUCUCGGGAUAAACCAAGGGAUGCAGUGGCCGGCGUUAAUGCAAGCUAUGGCUCUCCGUCCCGGAGGAUCUCCGUCGUUCCGUCUCACCGGCGUUGGAGGUCCGUCGGAGGGAGAUGGGAUUCAGCAGUUAGGUUGGAAGCUAGCUCAGCUGGCUCAAGCCAUCGGCGUUGAAUUCGAAUUCAAAGGUCUUACCGUUGAGAGUUUAACCGAUCUCGAACCGGAAAUGUUCGAGACCAGACCGGAAUCGGAGACUCUGGUGGUUAAUUCGGUUUUCGAGCUCCAUCCGCUUUUAGCUCGACCCGGUUCGAUCGAAAAGCUGUUAGCGACGGUUAAGGCGGUUAAACCGAGCAUUGUAACGGUGGUGGAACAAGAAGCGAACCACAACGGCGUCGUUUUCUUGGAACGGUUUAACGAGGCGCUUCACUAUUACUCUAGCUUGUUUGAUUCGCUAGAGGACGGAGUUAUAAUACCGAGUCAAGACCGAGUAAUGUCGGAGGUUUACUUAGGGAGGCAGAUCCUGAACGUGGUGGCUGCUGAAGGAACCGAUCGGAUCGAGCGGCACGAGACGCUGGAUCAGUGGCGGAAGCGGUUGGGAUCCGCCGGGUUUGACCCGGUUAGUCUCGGAUCAGACGCGUUUAAGCAAGCGAGUUUGUUGCUGGCGCUAUCCGGCGGCGGAGAUGGGUAUAGGGUCGACGAGAAUGACGGAAGUCUAAUGCUUGCGUGGCAGACGAAACCGCUUAUUGCUGCUUCGGCGUGGAAAGUCAGCGACGUCACGGCGGAGCGGCGGCGGUAGAAGAUUACGACAUACGUCAGGAAAAAAAAACGUUUUUCUUAAAAUAUAAGGAAAUAAAAUUGCAAUUUGUAACCUUUAUUUUCUUGUUUUACUGUGACUUACCCCACUAGUUUCGUUCGAUGACUAUUUCGCCCAUAAUUUUCUCCCGCAUUUUCCGUACUUUUUAAUACCAUUGGGCCCAGUUGUCGUCGAGAUUCGAGAACGAGGAAAAUGUGAUGUGUGUAUGUAAGCACGAGCUAGUGUUUUUCUUCAAUAAUAAAAUGAAGAAUUGACGUUAUUUAA